CCUUUGCAUAUCCACGCAUCCAUAAUGUGGCAAUGCAGCAUGUAAUUUGGAGAAUCUUCCUCGGCUGACAGGAUCAAUGGACGACUUUGGCGACCGCAUCGCGGAUAAGGUGCAGGCUUUGAGCGAUAUCGAGCUUGCCGCACUGCUCUGUCUGAUCACCGACCAGCAUUGCAUCAUUGAAGGAGAGAAGCAAUCGUUGGAUGAAUUGGAACAUGAGAUCAGGCUGGUCGCAAGAAAUUUGUUCGGGCUCACAUGGGCGGUGCUUGAAUGCUCGGAGAGCACCACCGUGGAUGAAUUCGGCGCGGGCAUACUCGUUGACGAGAUCGCUGGAGACUAUUUCAGUCUAGCUAAUAGAAGUGCGAGAGAAGAAGACCUGAGGUACGCAGCGCAGCCUGGGUCGCCAAAGAAAUUCACUGGAAGGUCAUCCCGCCCAUUUACGCCCUUGGACAGUCGGAAGAUUGCGAAUGUUGUCAUAGCGAAGAACUUCAACAUCGCAAGCAAUCAGGUCCAGGUUCAAGCACUCGAGCUCAUCCGCGGCAAGCGCAAUUUCACUAGGACUGCGGUGCACGCGGCACCGAAGCCAUUUCUCUUCAUUGCACUGAACGCUAUUGGAACAGCGAGUCUGUCUCUGCAUUUGAAUGACCAGCUUUUCAUAUCUCACAAACAUCAGAUCGAAGAUGGCUUUCCCAACCUCGAAGAACUACACGAGAAAGAGCCCAUCUACGAUGACGACGCAUCGACAUCGUCGGUUGUGCGGUCGCCUCCGAAGCAAGAAGACUCCGUGAUGUUCACAGAAGCCGACCUGAACGAGCUCACCAAUCUCACAGCGAAGGUGUCGAUCAGUACAGAAGUGAGGGCCUACUUGCAUAACAUAGUAAUCUUCAUGAGGCAGCAUCGAGCGGUAGGAGGAGGCAUAUCGGCGAUGGCGACGCGGCAUUUUGACAUGUUGUCACGCGCUCUUGCACCUCUACACGGGCUAUCCUACAUCACACCCGCUCUAGUUGCGCUUGCAGCUCGAAAGGUAUACCCGCAUCGGAUUAAAAUAACGACCCCCGAGAACGAGCGCAGCUUGCAAUGGGGCAGCUCGCUCGAUGCUGUUAGGGCGGUUCUCGAGGGUGUGACACCCGACGAUGUGGUCGAAGAAGUGCUGCAAUCUGUCGAGGUACCUUUAUAAUCAAUCAAGACUUUGUCAACAUGCUUCUGGCGCAUUGCGCCAGCAUUACUCGAGGAUGAGUAACGAUGCAAAAGGCUGAUGUCAUGCCCUGAUUGGGCAAUGAGGGGCAAAUGAUUGGCCUCGGACCCCGCACUCGCGCC